ACAUAACAAAACAACUUAUAUGAUCAGGAUAUAAUACUAGGCCACAUUACGUAUUCAGCAUAAGAGUAGUAAAAACGUGUUCACAGCAUGACUAAGCAAGGCUUAACUUAAAGUGUCAAUCAAUGAUACUAUGAGUCAAAACAUGAUAAUAGUGAAUAUCUUGUCAUUGUUUUCCUCGAUCUAGAUGUUUGGCUGUGGAAGAAGAGCCAUGGCUCUGCAUGCCAAAGCAUUUUCUAUUCAUGAAACCUCUGGUUUAGUGGUAGCAAAAUCUCUCAGCACAUCAUUCUUUCAUUGUUCAAAGAAAUUUAAUGGAGCCCUUCCUGUCUCUGAGAUACCAGGGCCUGUGAGAGUCCCCAUUGUUGGAAAUAUUCUUCAGUUCCAAAAGGCAGGCGGAAUUGGCAAUUUUAAUGAGGCUCUAUGUAUUAUGCAAAAAGAGUAUGGCAAGAUUUUUCAACUCAAGUUUGGUCCUGAGCGUCUUGUGUGCAUUUCUGAUGUAGAUAUGAUUGAGGAUGUGUACAGGAAUGAAGGAAAAUACCCAAGAAGAGAAAAAUCAUUUCCAGCAUGGGACAAAUACCACAAGAAGCACAACCUUCCAAAAGGGGUGUUUAUAGAGCCGCCAUUGAGAUGUAGCCUCGCUUUCUUAUUUAUCAAUGAGGUGGAUUCUUUUCACCUAUUCACCUCAUUGAUUGAUUCAUGCUUGUCUGUUAUCGUUCUGCAAGGGGUCAACUCUCCGUGUUUUGAAAAGAUGUUUGGCUGUGGAAGAAGAGCCAUGGCUCUGCAUGCCAAAGCAUUUUCUAUUCAUGAAACCUCUGGUUUAGUGGUAGCAAAAUCUCUCAACACAUCAUCCUUUUAUCAUACAAAGAAAUUUAAUGGAGCCCUUCCUGUCUCUGAGAUACCAGGGCCUGUGAGAGUCCCCAUUGUUGGAAAUAUUCUUCAGUUCCAAAAGGCAGGCGGAAUUGGCAAUUUUAAUGAGGCUCUAAGUAUUAUGCAAAAAGAGUAUGGCAAGAUUUUUCAACUCAAGUUUGGUCCUGAGCGUCUUGUGUGCAUUUCUGAUGUAGAUAUGAUUGAGGAUGUGUACAGGAAUGAAGGAAAAUACCCAAGAAGAGAAAAAUCAUUUCCAGCAUGGGACAAAUACCACAAGAAGCACAACCUUCCAAAAGGGGUGUUUAUAGAGGAAGGCGAAGAAUGGCUAAGACACAGAAGUGCAUUGAACCCCAAGCUUUUAAAUGUGAAGCAAGUUGAGCAUUAUGCUCCUGAUUUUAAUAAAGUUAUUGAUGGACUCAUGAGAAAGGUGAUGUCAAGUAGAAGCAAAAACAUGGAAGUGGAACAUAUUGAGAAGGAGCUCUUCAAAUGGGCAAUAGAAAGUGCUUGCACUGUGCUUCUGGAAACCCAUCUUGGAUGUUUUUCAUCACAUCCUGAUCCAAAAUAUGAAGAGUUUAUUGCUGCAGUGAAUAAAAUGUUUGAACUGAUCUUGGAGCUGAUGUUCCAAUCUCCAAUGGUAGAUAAGAUCAUGGAGACCAAGCCUAUAAAGGAAUUCAAUGCAGCAAUGGAUGUCAUCUACGAAGUUGCAGGAGAUGAAAUUGAUGAGAAAUUGAGGAGAUUUAAAGAGCAACAUGGAAAAAAGAUUGAUGACGAGACUCCAAAAGAAUUCAUACCAUAUUUGUACUAUGUUCAGGAAAUGAGUUUGGCUGAUAUAAAGAGUGAUAUAUCCUCACUUAUGAUGGCUGCUGUGGAGACGACAUCAACAUCAAUGCAAGUUCUGCUAUUUGACCUUGCCACUAACCAACAAGCUCAAAGCAAGCUGCACGAGGAGAUUGCAAACUUCAUGGAGCCAGGAGAACCUGCUACAGUUGAAAUGCUCAAACGAAUGCCUUUUCUAAAAGCAGUAAUCAAAGAGUCGAUGAGGCUCCAUCCAGUUGUCCCAUUCAAUGCAAGAUGGUUCAUUGAGGACAAAUGUGUCGCGGGAUACAAUAUUCCUGCCAAGACGUGGAUUAUGUUAAUGCACGAGACAGCUUCGCGGGACAAAAACGUCUUUGAAGAUGCCGAAAAAUUCAAACCUGAACGGUGGCUACGCGAUGAAAGAGGUGAACAUAAGAUACACCCUUUCGCCUCGUUGCCAUUUGGAUAUGGAACGAGAAUGUGCCUUGGGAGAAGAUUGGCAGAGUUGCAAAUCCAGCUUCUUACUUCAAGAAUAUUUGGGAAGUAUGUGGUUGAAUGUGAUCACAAAACGAUGAAGAUGGUCAGCGGUGGAGGACUGAGCAAGCCCAAUGUGGAUCUAAAUUUCAAAAUUUAUGAGAGAUAACGUGGACAGAUUAGAGCGCUGAAAACAAAAGUUUUGCUUAGCUUUUUACCAUUUUAAUUUACUAGCAUUUUAACAAAAUGUUUAGAAAAUUUUAUAGAUUAAAGGAUUGUUAGGUUUACCAAGGAAACCGCGUCAUAUGCCAAAGGCCCUAUGAAUCCUAGGGCUUUCUUAUUUACAAAAGUACACAAGUACUUCAUUCUAAUAAAAAGAUUCAAAGGUGUUGAAAAAAUCUAAUAAAGUGCGCUGUUAGCUAUUUUUAUUAAUUUCAUUUCUGAUUCAAUUUCGCUGUUCAGCUUUUGGCCUUUCAGGCUAAAUUUUUUUCAAAUUUUAAUUUUUGCUUUGUAGGAUUAGAGCUGUAAACUAUUUUGUAUCUUUUUUAAAUUAUAGAUUUGUCAGUCGAUUUAAAAUGCUUGCAUUUUCUUUCAUUAUACACCGUAAACUCAUUUUUUACGUAAAUUGUACGCUUUUUAAAAAGACAGGACAUUAGAAACCUCCAGAACUCUAUCAUUUUGUAGUCUGCAAACGUGAAUUUGUGCAGCCACAAUGUUACUGUGCAGUUUUGAAAAGGAGUUCGUGGAGGGUCAGUUGAAAAUGGCUUUUCCGUUUCCCUUCCAGGCUACACGCCGUUUCCCUUCCCGGCUACACGCCGCCGUUUCUCUUCCAGGCUACACGCCGCCGUUUCCCUUCCAGGCUACACGCCGCCGUUUCCCUUCCAGGCUACACGCCGCCGUUUCCCUUUCAGGCUACACGCCGCCGUUUCCCUUCCAGGCUACACGCCGCCGUUUCCCUUCCAGGCUACACGCCGCCGUUUCCCUUCCAGGCUACACGCCAUUUCCCUUCCAGGCUGUUGUUGAUAACAACUGUGUAAAUAUAUAUCUUUUGAUAGAGAAGGAGUCCUCAAAAACGCCUCUUAGGCCUCCAAUAGCUUAAUUUAUUUGAUUUCGCUAUAUGUUUUGCCUUUGGCUUUAUUAGUUUUCUUGAUCUUCUUAUGUCCUGUCUAUACUCUAUGCACCCAUUCACCAAUUUCAUUCAUAUUUAAAAACGAAAUGACAAUUGCAUUCACAAACAAUUUUGCAUUCACAAAGUAUUCAUUCCUACGCAUAAUCAUUUGCUUAUAUCAAAAUUUACUCAAAUUGUAAGUAACUUCUGAUAGUAUAAACUUGCUCUUCGGAAAAUGAGCUUUUUAUUGUUUGUAAUUUCUUGAUAAUAUGCUGUCAUUUAAAUGUUGUAUUUA